CCGGCUCCCCUCGGCUCCGCGGCUCGGCGCGGCCCCGCCGGCUCCCACGCGCGGGGCCCCGCCGCGCAGCCCCACAUGCCCGGCGCGGCGGCCGCUGCCCCGCGCCGCGCCCCCAUGGCUCCGCCGGCCGAGCUGGGCGGCUUCCUGGGCGGCCUGGACGGCCUGGGGCAGCCGGUGGGCGCCCACUUCUUGCUGCCGCCCGCCGGCGACCGCCCGGCGCUGCUCGGCGACCGCCGCGCCCCGGCGGAGCGGGCGGCCCGCGGCGGCGGCGCGGCGGCGGGGGCGGCGGCGGCGGACCUGGCGCACCUGCAGGGCAUCCUGCGGCGGCGGCAGCUCUACUGCCGCACCGGCUUCCACCUGCAGAUCCUGCCCGACGGCAGCGUGCGCGGCACCCGCCAGGACCACAGCCUCUUCGGUAUCCUAGAAUUCAUCAGUGUGGCAGUGGGACUGGUGAGCAUCCGAGGUGUGGACAGUGGCCUUUACCUUGGCAUGAACGAGAACGGAGAGCUCUAUGGAUCUGAGAAGCUAACUCCUGAAUGCAUCUUCAGGGAGCAGUUUGAGGAAAACUGGUACAACACUUACUCAUCCAACGUGUACAAACAUGGAGAUUCAGGGCGGCGAUACUUCGUAGCACUUAACAAGGACGGUACCCCCAGAGAUGGGGCGAGGUCCAAAAGACACCAGAAAUUCACCCAUUUCCUGCCCAGGCCUGUGGAUCCCGAAAGAGUUCCUGAACUGUACAAGGAUGUGUUGGGAUAUAGCUGAGGCAGAAGUUCAAGAGAGCCGUCGACGAGACGUUCGAUGUUACUGCUUUGUCUGUGGCAAUGCCAGCGUGGAGAGUUUGCAGAGUUCUGCACUACUGGGUUUGAAGAAGCUGCGCAGUGACAGCCAAGCCUCUCUUUCCUGGCGUUCGGAUUUAGGAGACAAAGCCUUGAAGCUUGGAGCGGACCAGCCUUGCUCAGAUUUGCUGAACUGUGUGGUAGCCAGUAGACAGUGGGAAGCUGGAGCGUGACUUUUUUUAAAAAUACCAAACUCCUACCUGUUUUGUCUGGAUUACUUACUGUCUAUAAAUUAGCAAAAAACUACCUACAGCAUCUGGAUCAGAGAACAGCUGGAAGAAAUAGUAAGAAAUGAACUGUAAAAUAGUGAUAAAUCUUAGGAACUGUAUAUGAAGUUGUAGUGGCUCCACUUCAGUGAUGGACCUUAGAUGUCAAUGUAUCACACUCAGAGCUGGAACUUUUCUUCAUAGGAUGGACCUAUUUAUACAUCUCCAGAUAGCAUAUAUUUAUUUUAUAUAUUUAUUUAUUGAAGAGUUUAUUUUUUACUGGGAUAUGAAGAGAAUACAAGCCCCCAACCCCAAUGAGAGAUCAUUUACAGUGUCAAUAUUUAGCAGUGUCCGAGUAGACUCACAAUGCAGAAAUGACAUUACAUUGCAAUGCAUCCAAACCCUGAACAUUCAGAUUUCAUUGUUUAUCAAUUAUAGAUUAGGUUAUAUUUUAUGCACAUACCAUUGCCUCAUGACUCUCCUUAUUUUGGAAAGAACUGUGGUUGCUUUUGACCUAUGAGAGUGCCUUGCAGAUCUGUACUGAAUUCAAAUGCACAUUUGAAAAGGGAAUUAAAAAUGAUUUCACUUUA